CAAAGAUGGCCGACAUGUUAUCGAAAUGAACCUGAAUGUCCAAGUAAAGUGUGUCUAUUGACGAGUGUUUUAUUUUUGUGAGAUUUUAGAAACAUGCUUGAAUUAGAGGUCAUUCCAGAAAGAAGUCUAGGCAACGAACAAUGGGAGUUCGUGUUAGGAAUGCCACUAUGUCAAGCAGUCCACAUACUGCAAAGGUACUGCAGAGUGAUAAAAACUGUGCAGUUUGUCUACAGUGAGCAGGUAUAUGCACCACUUACGACAGAUAUAACUCUGAAUCUAACUAAUGAUGGGAUACGAUUGAUAUUCGAUCCAAAGUCACAGAGGCUGAAGAUUAUAGAAGUGGGAAGUCUUUCAAGGGUAAAAUUAAAAUAUUGUGGAAAGACCUUUGCCUCGCCACAAGUCCCUCCCACAAUAGAGCAGAUUGACCAAUCGUUUGGUGCGACACAUCCUGGUGUGUAUGAUGCUGCGCUACAGCUGUUUGUGCUUAACUUCAGGGGCCUGUCCUUCUCAUUCCCCAUAGAGAGCAAGUUUCAGCCAAAGUAUGCACAUGGGCUUGGAUCGUUGCAAUUCCCAAAUGGAGCUCCACCGAUAGUUUCCAAGAUGUGUAUCUAUGGUGGCAAUAGUCUGCCCGAUGCAAGGGCGCCACCUGUACCAGUGAGCUGUUUCUAUGGCAGUCUUCACCUCGACCAUCUAGAAGUGCUCAGAGACAGCCAGUCUGGGAUGAGCACAGGCCUGAGGCUGACACUGAUGUCAGAGGCGUCGGGAGUCGUCAAGAUAUCGGAGCUGAGGAAGCACACGGUCGAGUGUACGGCGAUGUUCGGCAGCAGCUGUGAGGACAUCCUCGCCACUCUCGGCUGCCCCAGCAAGGUCUUCUACAAGGCCGAGGACAAGAUGAAGAUACACAGUCCCGGCGCACACAGGCUCGUGCGCUCGCGCAACUCCGACUACUUCUACAACUACUUUACGCUCGGCAUCGACGUCCUCUUCGACGCUAAAACACACACGGUGAAGAAGUUUGUCUUGCAUUCGAACUUUCCUGGUCACUACAACUUCAAUCAAUACAUGAGGUGCGACUUCAGGAUACCUGUGCUCGGGGACAAGGAACUUACACCGUUCAGGGAGGCGUUACAGGGAUGCUCUCACGCUAACGACAACCUCUACAUCACGACCCUGUCCACAUGGAACAGCGUGCAGGACCUGCUGAACAAGCCUUCGGAGAAGCCUGUCGUGCUAAACAGGUCCUCUUCGACGAACACCACAAACCCGUUCGGCUCCACCUUCUGCUACGGCUACCACAACCUUAUAUUCGAGGUGAUGCCUAACAACCACAUUGCGUCUGUGACACUCUACCAACCGACUGGCGUUCACCUGAAGAGCUAGCACCCACUAUGGUAUUGCGUGGAACCGGGACCAUGGUUGCCGUCAUCCGGCAGCUAGUGAUGGCGAAGAGGUUACGAGAGGCUGCGCACUCGGAUGUGGCGGCGGCUAACGGGGGCUUUUCCCGUCGGCCAGGAGACCGGUGCUGUAGGAUUUGUUUUCCAGCCGCGUCUCUGCAGAGCUAGGUUUCAUCAGGGUGAAAACUGUACAUGGUGAAGCCAUCUAUUCAUUCGUGAGUGCCUCGCCAUCUUCGCUCAGCACCACGUCGCUAGAUUCAGGGUAAAAAUUCUUUGCGAUAGCGGUCGCUGAAUGAUCGAUAGUUAUACGUUAUCUAAAGUCUGCGCUUACAGUAGGGGUCCCGUAUCGUUACACGUAAGAACACUUGCACGUGCAUUAAUAAGGUGGACUUAUUAUAAUGAAAAGCAAUAUAUAACAAAUGGGAGAAGUGCUAUAAGAAGACGUGAUGAGAAAAGGAUUUUCUGCGCCAAAGUUCCUGGCGAUAUGUGGGAAAUUUAUGUUGGGCAAGACUAAUACACGCACAGCCUGAUUCCAGAACUUGGGAAGAAGCAUUUAGUAGGACAAUUUAAACAUUUGAGCACUGGUGGCUCUAGUCAAAUAUUAAUUCUGGCCAAUUGCGUUAUACAUGUUAUAGGUAAUUUUCCAGGUUGAAGAUGAAAGGAUAAAAGGUACCAAAGAAUAUUUGAAGUGAAAGGCAGUUAGAAUUAAAUGUGGAAAGGUACCAAAAACCGUUGAAGUGGGAGGUGACUACUACGAUAGAGAUUGUAUGUAGAGUAACGCAUAAAUCAGCAUGACAAAGACGCAAUUACUAGUUUGUGAUGCCAACGCAUAGUGGCCUAGUAUCUCGCAAAUAAGAUUGUAAAAUGUAAACGGGAUGACAAUCUGAACGUAUCUAUAUUCGGCACCAAUAGCUGUCUGGAAUAUCUAAUUAGUAAUAUCGAAUGGUUACUCUAUAAUACGAUGUACGAAGCGUGCUGUGUAUGUUUGUAGUGAACAGUUGUAAUGCUGAUUACUGCGUCUCUUUCUUUAUAUAUGGUGUGGUGCUGUCUAAACAAAUCUAAAGUAAAAUGUGAUGCCUAUAUAUCAGGAAAGAAUUGGUUAGAUGAGUUGAUGCUUUAUAAUCGAGUACACUGCUUCUAUUUCAGAUAACAGUGUUGCAGGUUAUUUUCUGCAAGGCUGAUAUGUUUAUAUAGCACAACUAGAUUCUAACUACAUAAUGAUUGACUGUGGUUAAACGAAGCAUCUAGGGAUAUUGUAAAAGUGUCCCAUCGUGGGUAUAUUAUAUUGUAUAUUGUGUUCUUGCAGAGGCUAUAAUUCAGUCGAAUUAUUGUUAUUAUUGCUUCCAAAUAAUGCUGACGUGUGUACUAAUUCGUCUUUCAACUACCAUAGACUUUAUGGUAUUAGGCAAGUUACUGCCACAUAUGCUUGUAGGGGUGGUGAUGGCGGUUAGCACCCCCAGGCAGCACAAAUCUACGCGAGGGUACAGUUUUACAUCUAGCGUGAAUGAACAGGUUUCAGAUUGUGUAAAUUUUGUAGUAAAAAUCCAAUUUAUAUAAACCAUUGUACGUGUGUUGACAGGUAUACAUUUUCUAGUAUUUAGGAUGAUGACGCAUCGCAUGUUAACAGGAUGUACGUAUUCUUGUCCGUUGCUUAUUUUUCUUGGAGAUAUUUGUAUAUAAAUAUUUGGAAUGUGAUUGUGAUAAUACAACCAACUUUAGUGCAAUUCGGUUGGCCCCAGUCCAACGGUUCUACUCGUGUCCCGUAGUGGCUGCUUAACUCACUGGUAAACCCCACAUACACGUUCAUCCACACUUGUAUGUACCCGUGUACGUAGCGCCACCUAUGUUAACCCGCAUACCACGCUUCACCUAUUCGCACGUGUUUGCAUCUUUGGAGCUUUUAUUUGUGUGUAACUGUGUAGCCUAAUAGCUGCAGCGGCUUCUACCUGUAGAGCUAAUUAAUGCUCACCUGCAUAAUCUGUAUGGGUCCAGCGAGAAAUCCUACCUAUGCGCACCUGCGUGGCCUUACCCUUGUUAUCUGCAUGGCUUCAUUUGCAUAGCCUAUACCUAUGCAUACCUGUGUGUACCUGUCUCACUGAGAUGGCUUCACGUGAUUUGAAGGUUUCGGUGUUGCCGAUGGUUUUCGUAAUUCAAUUCGCCUGUCUUUAUUUACGUUCAUCACAACUCGCCCAGUCGGUAGUUUAUCGGAAUUUUUCUAUAAAUUAUCAUUCUAUUCAAUAGAUUCCGCCUGUUUAGAACGUAAAUCUAAUCUAAUUUAAAUAAUCCAACUAUUGGAUCAUUAACACAUUAGAAGUUUUUAAUCGUUCCGAACUGUAGCGUUGGAGUUCAUCAAAAUCGGUAUAUAAGUAGAGUUUUUUUUGUGCUAGUAUAGUUCUAGUAUCCUUUAAUAUUUCCAACGUUUUAGAAGUCUAUUUGAAAGUUCGGUUAUUCUGAUUUCACACUGCAUGAGUAACCGCUCCCAGCGCUGCACUACACCGCAAACACCGGUACGUGGCAUCGGUGACCUCCCAUCCGCACUCACACGAUCUCAUCGCCCUCCAUCUCAUCCAUGCCACCUCUAGCUCUACUAAUACCACGUGGAACCAAAUGAGACAAAGUUAGAAAAUCUUAUGAAUGCUGGUUAGUGGUGAUGAGAUAUAGCGGUGUAUUCCUACUAUGUGUUGUUCUAAGCGGGCGGUUGUCGGUAGCUCUGUGUAUCGCGUCUGAAUGUGUCUCCUACACUCGCUGCCUACAUAUCAGCAACCUAUUUUGUAAGUGUGACCAAUAUAAGUGUGAAGACGCUUCGUUGUCGUUUUAUUUACGUGAUCUAGCCGUUCCUGCGUGUUGAUAUAGGCAUUGCUUGUGAUGAUACGGAACGUACCGUUUGUUCUAGUUACAUGGGGGUCUGGUGAUUGGUUAUAUUAUGAUUAUAAAGGUUAUGUGCGCGAAGGCUGCUGCUGUGUACGGUAGCUUCAGCAUAGACGGUUUCGUGGAAUGUCAUUUGCAACAGAUACGUUACAUUUUGGUUUUGCGUGGCGUGCGUACGCGUGUGCCUGCCUGCGUGCGCGUUUCGCUUCCGUGGUAUGGGUUUAGUUUGUGGCAGGACCACGAUGUAGCAAUGUUAUGCGAUGUCGAAAAUGAUACGUGGCUUCAAAGUAUUUUGCGGUGUUACUCAGCGACGUGACUGAGUGACUGUCCAGCGUGUCUUCGUCCAUGAGAUGGCGGUCUCUCUCAGGAAAGGCUCUAUAUGUCGCACGGCUAUUGAAUAUUAAAGAUUAGCGCGAUAGGCGCGAUGCUGGCGGUAGGAGGGCGUCUGAACGGGUGCGUGCUGCCCCCUCGCGAACAAUAAUUAAAAUACGUGCGAAGUACGAGUGAGGGUGUUACGCUCACCUGCUGGGAUUGUUGUAGUUGUUGGUGUUAGUGGUGAUGAUGAGGAUGUGUUGGUGGUGGUGUUAAGGAUGUUGAUAAUGCUGAGAAUGCGGUUAGUGGUAGUGAUGGAGAGAUGGUGGAGGUGGUGGUAUAGUGUGGGUGGUGUUAAGGAUGUUGAUAAUGCUGAGAAUGCGGUUAGUGGUAGUGAUGGAGAGAUGGUGGAGGUGGUGGUAGUGUGGGUGGUGUUGGUAGUGCUAGGGUGAUGUUAUUGUAACGCGUUGAACAUUGUACGAUAUAAUCUUGACGCGGUUUGGCUGUUGGCGUUGCCUGCAUGGAUUGCCUUAGAGUUGCCGCUGAAUAUUAUUUUAGUGAGAUAGCGCAAAGCCGAGUUAAAACAAUUACUCAUUUUAAAUAGGAAAGCCGUUGUUAAUAUAUUAUUCCGUAUCGUUUUUAAUACCAUUUCACUCGCUGCUUGUUUGCAUUCGUACUUUUUUUGUUAUUUGUAGAUAAGAAGCAUCAGCUGUAUAUACCAAUUAAAACAGGAAAAUGUUGUUUUGACACGCAGUACGUGAAAGUGGACAUGGUAUUACGAUUGGCCAGUAUUGUACGCACAUGCUCAUGGGAUGUGUGCAGUUCGGCAACCCACGUAACCUAAUGCCCGCGUUUCUUAUGGAAAGCUGUAUAUUCGACAACGGGUCGAAUAGUUUAACUUUACUUGCGUCAGAAAUGUUUUUCCCGAUUACUGUAUGACGACGUCUGUACGUCCGUAAGUCUGCCAGCGCAGUCCGUAUCGUGUUUUCUCUUUCUGUCUACUAUAAGCACAUACACUACCUUGUUAGUAAACUCGACCAUUUUGUAUUUCUCGACAUCCUCAUUCUGCAGUUCGCGUGAGUUGGGGGCACGUGACCGCACUCCUUCUCCUUGAUUCGUCGGAUCUUGGUCGGAUCCGUUUAACUAAAAAGCGUAUUAAGUAAUAAUUAAUACGCUCUUGGUUUAAUACACUAAUAAUGACAUUUCUGACAGUAAGCACGUUAUCUGUCGUGGACCCACGGCUCGACCGUUCUUACGUAAAUUUGGACGUAAAUUCUUACGUCCGUGGAGCAGAGCGGCCAGCCACACCUUGAAGUGACCACGUCUCCUUAACUUUGCUUCGGCGGUGAAGAUCAAAUGUAAAGGCUUCGGUUAUCGAGAUCCUAUAGUACUGGACCGUAUUUUUUCUCGUACAGGAAGAGGAUAUCUGUUAGGUUUUUUAUUAUAUGCGUUGGGGUUGCGUUCAGCUUUAGAGGGAGCCCACACGUCUCCUCAACUGAUUCCAUAAUCUCAAAAGCUCACUCGUAUGUUUGUAUGUACUUGAAUAUAAUGAUUGAAUCUUUAUAUAUAACCAGUAAUAAACGUUUCUAAAUUAUCCGUACA